AUGGCUUCACGAGUGGUGUUCUCAAGGCGCUCACUGGCGCCUUUGGCGACUAUGGCCCUUGGUGGCCUGGCACUGACUCCGGCCACUGUUUUCGCUGAAGGACCUAGCGACCUCAAGCGAAAACCCAUUUACGAUGACUUCGAGAUCCCAGCUUCAAAGCCCGCACCCGUGACGCCACCACCCGCUGCCACGACGCCCGUCGCUGAGCCCGUUGAAGAGGAGGAGGAGAGGCAAUAUUCGCCUACCCCUACGGACCGAUUGGCUGUCUAUGUCGGAAGGGGGCGCCUGUCUCUGUACAAGUACGCUGUCGCUGCCGAGAACAAGAUCAACGAGACCAUGGAUUCGGCUUUCAACCUCGAGCAGUCCUUUACCAGCACCAUCGCUUCGCUGGCUCCCUCUCGCGAAAGCGGCGAGCAGCUCAUGCCCGGCGCUAUCUACGUCUUGGUUGCUGCCAUGGCCGGUAGCAUCAUCACCCGCAAUCGUAGCAUCAUCCUCCGUGCCUCGGUCCCUCUCGCCCUGGGUAUCGGUGCUGGCUGGACCGUUAUCCCCGUCACCAUGCGCAACGUGUCCGACCUUACUUGGAAGUAUGAGCAAAGAUUCCCCGUCGUUGCCCAGUCUCACAUCCGACUGCGGGAGAGCAUUCUCAACAGCGCCAGCUUUGCCAAGGCGCAUUCACAAGUUGGUGUCAAAUAUGUCGAUGAGAAGGUAACAGACGCGAGAGAGGCUGUUGAGGGCUGGGUUCAGAAGGGCAAAUAA